CUGGUAUCUGCCUCAGUCUGACACUCUCGUCCAUAAACUCAGCAGCACCACCUGCAGCAGGACAACAUGUCUGUGACGGAGUCCAAGACGGAGAUCUUUGACAUGGCCAGCACAGAGGCCGAGAAGACGGCCAGAGGGAGGAAUAACAUCGCGGGCAUUUUCGAGCGCUAUGUCCAGCCCUGCCUGGCGGAGCUGCUGGGCUCAAGUCUGUUCAUCUUCGCUGGCUGCUGCUCUGUUAUUGGGAAUGUGGGCAUCACUGGCAGCGUCCAGCCUGCGUUGGCACAUGGCCUGGCACUCGCCAUCGCCAUUGCCGUCUUUGGGGAGAUCAGUGGUGCGCACUUCAACCCAGCUGUGUCUGUGAGUGUCUACCUGGUAGGGGGGAUGGAGGUGAUCCUGCUGGCACCGUACAUUAUCGCUCAGAUAUGUGGAGGGAUGAUUGGAGCUGGGUUAGCUAAGUUAAUCUUUCCAGAUGCGAAGUUUCAGACUGCUGCCGGAGCCGCGUUUAACGCAGUUCAGACCAACGCAGCCAUCGGACCAGCAACUGUUGCUGAGAUGUUAAUGACUUUAAUACUGACCAUGGUGGUCUGCAUGGGCGCUGUAAAUGAGAGGACGCGGAGUCCCCUGGCUCCGUUCCUUAUCGGUCUGACGGUGUCUGCCAAUAUCCUCGCUGGAGGAUCAGUUUCUGGAGCUUGCAUGAAUCCUGCCCGAGCUUUCGGUCCAGCUGUGGCAGCAAACUACUGGACUCAUCAUUGGAUUUACUGGGUCGGGCCGCUCGCCGGCGCUCUUUUGACUGUGUCAUUUGUAAGAUUGCUGAUGGGUGACCAGAAAACUCGUCUUAUUUUGAAAUAAUUCAGAUGGAACCUGGAUUUACUAUUUGGCUAUCUGAGAUGUAAUCUUUGAAAAACAUUGUAUGAUAUUAAAAUAAAUUCUGUUUUUAUA